AUGGCCGCGGCAGCUGUACAAACUCCCCUCGUCCUCAGCACCAACACCACGCCCCAAGUCCUCCAACGGGCACGGGAGCGCUCCGUCCCCAAGCACGACGUGACAACCACCCUCAAGUACCACAAGGACAACGAGGACGGCUCACCGCCUCACCCAAGCUACGCCGGCCGCGCCGAGACGUUCGAGCGGCCCUUUGAGCCGCACCAGGUCACGGUCAGGGACAUUGCCGGCGAGGAAGCCAACUACACGCUCGACCGCAACGGGUUCCAGGUCCACAGCCAUAUCGCCACCGAAAAGGCCUUUGCAGACGACGACCAGAUCAAGAGCAGCUACUACCCCGAGACGGAGCAGCUCCUCAAAGACGUAACAGGAGCCAGCAAAGUCUUCAUCUUCGACCACACCAUCCGCCGGCAGCCGCCGGGCGCCACGGCCGACCGGGCCCUCCGCGGCCCCGUGCAGCGCGUCCACAUCGACCAGUCGUACUCGGCGGCCCUGUCCCGGGUGCCGCACCACCUCCCCGGCGAGGCGGAGCGCCUGCUCCGGGGCCGCGUGCAAAUCAUCAACGUCUGGCGGCCCAUCAGCACGAUUGAGCGCGACCCGCUGGCCGUCGCUGAGGCCACCUCCGUCUCGGACGCGGACCUCGUCGUCACGGAGCUGAUUUACCCCAACAGGCGGGGGGAGACGUACGCCGUCCGGCACAGCCCCGGACACAGGUGGUUCUACAGGUCGGGCCUCGAGCCCGGCCAGGUGCUGCUGAUCAAGUGCUUCGACAGCAAGACGGACGGGAGGGCGAGGAGGGUCCCGCACACGGCGUUUGAGGAUGCCGCCGCGCGGGAGGACGCGCCUGCCAGGGAGAGCAUCGAGGUGCGGGCCUUGGUGUUUCACGAGCACGAUACCGACUGA